AUGGAUGGUACCGAGAGAGGCGGUAUAGCCAAGCUGGGUACUGAUAGCGAUGGAACGCCGAGAGAUGAAAUGCUCGGGUUCGGCACAUUCAGAGAUGGCACGCUCAAAGUAGGGAGGCUUAGUGAGGGAACUUGGAACGAAGGAACACCGAAUGAGGGAACUUCGAGAGAAGAAACACUGAGUGAUGGUAUAUCCAGAGAUGAUACACUCAGAGACGGUACAGUGAACGAUGGCGCACUGAGAGAUGGCUGGCCAAGCGAGAGAGCGGUCAAUGAUGGCAAGCUAACGCUUGGUAGAGAAAGCGAAGGCAGCUCAGUCGGCAAUGAGAUCGAAGGCAACUCAAUCGACAGUGGAAGCGAAGGCAACUCGGUUGGCAACUGGAGCGAAGGCAACCCGGUCGGUAACGGGAUCGAAGGCAACUCAACCGGAAACGAGAUCGAAGGUACCCCGGUCGGCAACGAAAGCGAAGGCAACCAAGUCGGCAGUGCGAGCGAAGGCAACUCAAGCGGCACAGUCAAUCCAGGAAUGCUGAGGAGCGGAACGAUCACCGACGGCAUUCCGGAACUUGGCAGUGGAGGUGAAGGCUGCUCAGGCGGAAACGAGAGAGUUGGGAUACUCAGGGUCGGAGCGCUCAGCGAGGGCAAACCGGCACUUGGCAGUGAAAGCGACGGAAGUUCGGUCGGCAAAGAUAAGCUCGGAGCCGUGAGGGCUGGAACGCCUAUGGAUGGCAAGCUAAGGCCCGGCAGAGAAAGCGAUGGGAGUCCAGUGGGCAAAGACAGGUUGGGGACACUGAAGCCGGCAAUCCCGAGGCUGGGGACGCUGGGACUGGGAGCACUUAUUGGAGGUAUGUUCGUAGUUGACAACCCUAUCGAAGGAAGUCCCACCGAAGGAAGCGACGUUGGCAGGGAAAUGCUCGGCACACUCGGACUAGGUGCGCUCAAGGAAGGCAGGCUGACUGACAGAACGGAGAGCGUUGGCAAGUCCGUCUGGAGAGCCAGGGUCGGGGUGCUCAACGAAGGAACCGAAAGGCUUAGUAAAGAGGCGCUCGGUAUGCUUAUGGACAGGGUAGAGAGGCUAGGCAGCGCAAAACUGGGCACAGAAGCGCUCUGGAUGCUCAACGGCGGGAUGGACAAACUUGGCAGGCUUAACGUGGGGAGAUCCGUAGGUACGGAGAUGCUCGGUAAACUCAGGCCAGGGACACUCAGCGGGGGUAGCGCCGUCGGGAUCGACAGUGAUGGUAGCGAGAUGGACAGGAGGCCUGUUGGUAGUGCCAAGCUCGGCAGGCCUAACGUGGGGAGAUCCGUAGGUAUGGAGAUGCUGGAUAAACUCGGGCCAGGGACACUCAGCGAGGGUAGAGCAGUCGGAAUCGGGAGCCCCGGUAGCGGGAUGGACGGCAGGCUGGUUGGUAGUGCCAAGCUCGGCAGGCCUAAUGUAGGGAGAUCCGUAGGUACGGAGAUGCUCGGUAAACUCAAGCCGGAGACACUCAGCGGGGGUAGUGCAGUCGGGACCGACAGCCCCGGUAGCGAGAUGGACGGCAGGCUGGUUGGCAGUGCUAAGCCCAGCGACGGCAGCGAGAGCGAGCCCAGCGAAAGCGGAGGCAACAGAGCCGGCAAGGAUCCUACACCCGAUCCAGUCGGGCCACCAGUGCCGCUGAUGCCGGGGAGCGCAGUCGGUAGGGCCAAACUAAGCGUCACGGCCACGCCCAAUGACGGGACUGCGACGCUUGGGAUGAGCACAGCGGCAACGGCGCUGGGGUCGACCACCAGAUCUGUUGAGCUGCGAAUCUGGAACGUCUGGCCGGCGGCUGUGACAGCUCGACCAUCAUCUUGGGGACAUUGGAAGGAUGGGGAGGAAGCCCCAGGGGCGUUGGGAGCUGUCGCCGAGGCCACCGCGACUGAGGAUGGCCCGACGGUGGGGACUGCAAUAAUUGCAGGAGCUGAGGCUCCGCGGGUCUGGAUUGAAGCCGAAAGUGACGUUGAGGUGGACCCCAGCCCCCCAGCCGAUGAUGAUCCUGCAACAGACGACGAGAUCAGAUUCGCCGAUGAGACAGAAGCGGACGACAGCGAGGGUGACGCGACGGAUAUGCCGAUAGUAGCACUGACAGAAGCUUGA